GCAAAACUAUAACAAAAAAAUUAGACUAUAAUAUAUGUACAAGACUAGUUAGCAGAGAAAAAGCAGGCAAAUAUUACUAUACAAAGAUAGUAUUUGUUGGCGGUGAUGGGGCUGAAAACUAAUUUAGUGCUUCUUCUUGUUCUUCUUCUUGUCCUUCUUAGCUUUCUGGUUUUGUUUUUCCAUGAAAUGAAGAGCAUCGUGGAUGGUAUCAGUGUGCUUGGGAGCCCAGCUGGAAAAAUCAGGGAAAAUGUCACUGGGAAGGUCUUUCUUUUUAGAAACCUUCUUGUCAUCCUUCUUGUCGUCCUUCUUAUUGUCAGUCUUCUUAUCGUCAGUCUUCUUUAUAAACAUGUUAGAAGCGGUAACAUCGACAGUAAUUUUAGCAGCAGGUGCAGGAAUAGCAGCAGCCAUGGACAAGGCAACGAAAGCAGCAACACAAGCGUAGAGGAGGAUAGCGCGAAUCAUUUUUGUUUAAUAUACUACUCUAAGAAAAAAAUGUAUUUGUGUAAGUUGUUGAUCUCGGUUAGGUUGCGAGAGAGGAGUAAGUUUUUUUAAAGAAGAUGAUUUGUUUGAUGAGGAAAAAUAAAAAAUCGGAUAGGCGUGAAGCUGCCUGUUUAUAUAUCAAAUUUUCAGAGCUACUAAAGAAUAUCCUGAUCUCAAGUUCUGUAUGUUAAAAGCACACACGUCGGUUUCAGUUCCCCUGUUUACAUAUUCAGCAGUUUUUUUGGAAGUCAGCUGGGCAUAAGUUAGUGUGCCUGUCGCGCGUUUGUGCAGUUCUCGCAUUGCUUCCUUUGCAUUGUAUUUGUUACUUUUUUAUAGUUUGCCUGUUAUAGAUAUUUUGUUUUUACUUGUUCAAGCUCCUUUUGUCUUCAGUAAAAGAGCUGUUUAGUGUGUUUAUAUACGAUUCCACGUAAAUGAAAAAAAUGGAA